UCGUUGUUCAAGAAAGGUGGUUAAAGAAAAAACGCGCAAAUGUUUUUAGUAUUUUACUAAGAAAAUAUGUAAAAUUAUUUAAAUAAUUUAAGUAAAACACAAUAAAAACAUUUUAAUAAAAACUAUAAAUAACGGUAUAUAAAAUUUAUAAUGAAAAUAAACUUUUAAAACGACCAAGAAAAGUCAAGUGUGAGUGGAAUGUGGAUGAUAUUAACGUGUUUCAAACGAAAGUAAAAAACAAAGCAGAGAAAGAAAAACAAGACAAAUUUUAUAUUGUGCGUUUAAUAUCUUUGUUCGUCAUCAUCACCAUCAACAGAAGAAGAACACCAUCGUCAAAAUUUUUAUAAUCAUCAUCAAAAAUUAGCAUCAACUGAAAUAUUCUCAAGAUGGCUAUACCCCCUCCCCCGGGUCCGCCACCACCACCUGGCCCUCCUCCACCACCCAUCAUGGGUGGUUUAAAGUUGGGAGGCGGAGCUUCGGGCGGUGCUGAUCCCCGCUCCGCUUUAUUGCAAUCCAUACAAAAGGGUACAAAAUUAAAGAAAACCAAUACAGUGGAUAAAAGUGGUCCAGCCAUGUCGGGUAAAAUAUGUGAUGGUGGUUCACCUAAACGUCUUACCAGCGGCGCUUCAAAUAAUAUAAGCAAUAAUAAUAAUAACAACAACAAUAGUAUUGGCAAUGGAGCCCCUAAACUCGGUGGACUUUUUGAGGGCUUAUCCUCAAUGCCAAAAUUGAAACCAGUUAAUGGUAGCAGAACACCCGCCUCUAGUGCUUCAUCGGCCUCCAUUAAUCGCAGUAAUAGUCCACCUUCUUUAACCUCUAAUACAACAUCAAAUGCGGCCGCCUCUAAUAAUGGUCCUUUGGAUUUCAGUGCUGAACUAACUAAACAUUUGACGUUGAAACGUCAAAAGCAACAGCAGCUGCAACAGCCAACUGCAACAACAGCUCCACCGCCUCCUCCCCAAACACAUAUCAAUGCUACCGAAGCCAAUUUGAAAACAAAUCGAGGACCACCGCCACAGCCACCAUCACAGCCUCCUAAAAAUUUAUCAACGAGUACUUCCGAUUCUCUUAUAGAAAAGAAUAAAACCAAUGGUUCUUCUACAGCCAAUGUUCGUUCGUUUAUAUUUUCCAAUAAUGAGGCAUCAGCUACAAAACAAUCACCACCACCGCCGCCACCCACAAUAUCGGAUAAAUUCAUAGAGAAAAUCAAUACGGGCGGUAGUGUUCGCAGUAAAGCGGCCAAUUUAAAUUUGUGUUUAGGGAAUAAUAAUGUAUUUGUAAAUAAUAAUAAUAAUACAACAACAUCAACAACAUCCAUAACUUCCCAAAACACUAUAAACAACAACAAUAGCCACAGCAACAACAGUUUAGCGUCAUCGUCCUCCUCAUUGGUCACCUCAUCGGUUGCAUCUGGUGGAUCAUUGCGUAAUUUAGCACCCAAUCGAUCAACAUUAUUUGGUGGUGGUCCGGGUAGUAGUAGUGGUGGCAAUAAUAGUAGUUAUAGUAGUAAUGGUGUUGAUAAUAUAACAACAACAGCAACAACAAUUAGUCCAUCGGCUUCAGCUUCACCCUCACCACCCACUAAAUCGCCAUUGCCCACGUUGAAACCAAAUCAUGGCAAACCAAAUUUUGCCCCCAAACCACCAGGUUUGCAAAAGUUGGCUUUGGCCAAUGGUCAAAGACCCGGUGUAGCUCGUCAUCAUAGUAUGAAAUCGCCAAGAUCACCUCCCAUAAGUGCUAGUGUUGAGGCGGGAGGUAUAGUAUUUCCAACCCAACAACAUUUUGGUACUAUGCGCACACCUUUCGCCCAAUCACAGGAGGCCAUUAAUUCCGGUUUACGCACAGCACCACAACCACCACUGGGCCGCCCCACAGUGGCUCCACCCAAGCCACCGAGUGUUAAGCCACCACCACCCCCUACACCUGCACGCAGUACUUCCAAUUCAAAUUUAAAUCUCUCCUCUAACUCAGGCUCUUCUUCGAAUGUUGGACCUAUAAGUGCCGUUAAUACUGCUCUCAUAUCACAGGCUAGUGUCUCCUCAUCGCCCUCGUCGACCCAACCACCUUCCACCUCUUCGUCUACCAACAGCGUUUCAGCUUUGCGUGAUCAAUUUCGUUCGGGUGUAAGUUCAACGCCACCGCCUCCACCACCGCCCUCAACGACAACGAAAACCACGAGUAGUCCAUUAAGCAGUAAUAAAUCACCGAAACCGAUUAUCUUAAAUGGUGGACCCAUUAAUGCACCACCAUUGCCACCGCACAGAACAUGUCCAGCACCACCACCUCCACUCAGACAGGCAAGUAAUACAACUGGUGCCCCACCAGUGCCACCACAACGUUACUCGUCUAUGCGUGGCAGUGCUCCGGGCACUCCACCCACUGGUGUUACAGCAGCGCCCACAUUUGGUAAUAGCAAUAAUGCCAAUGCAGUUAGUCGUUUAGUCAUUGAUUUGGAAACAAAAUACGGUAAACAUUUUCACAAUGUUACCGAAUUUCCCAAGCCACCACCAUUUGUAAAUAUUCAAAAAGUGUAUCCUAGUCGAACAGUCAAAACAGCAAAUGGUAUGUAAAUAUUAAAAACUACAUACAAUAAAUGAAUCCUCUGGCCACUAAUUCAAAAAAAGAGGAAUUUUUAUAAUGGAAUGCUGUUAAUUUUUUUCUUUGAAACAUUAUUAUUUUAUUAUUUUUUUCUUUCUGUAAAAUUAAGUAAAAUUUAAGUUUUAAAAUCUUGUUUUUAUCAUUUUAAAAGAAAAACAAACAUUAUUUUUAUAGCAGAAACAAUAAUGCACGUGAGAUAAAAAAAAACAUACAUACAUUUAUUAAAAUAAAAGCGAAAUUACACAACUGAAGUCUUUUUUAUAUAGUUAAAUAACCACAAUAAAAAACAUAAAUAUGUAUUAUUUUCAUUAUUAUUUCGUUUAUCAAAAAAUAAAAAAAAAACAAACUGUAAUAUUUUGUAAAUGAAGUUUUUUUUUUAUUAUAUUUUAAUUAUAUUUUUUAAUGUUAUCUAAUCAUUUAAUAUUAUUAUUAAAUUAAAAUUUUAUUAUUAUUGAAAGAAAUUUUAAACCAUAUUUUUACACCUGUUAAGCAUUAACUAAAAAAAAGAAAAGAAAUUUAAAGUUUUUUAUGAAAUUAUUAUGAAUUAUAGCUUUAUUGCAAUUUUAUUACUUUUUUUGUUUAGGUUUUUAUAAAAAACUAUUAUUUUGUUUAAACUAAAAUGUCAUUUGUUAAAAAAUAUAGAAAGAGUAAAGAAAAAAAAACAUAACCUCAAAAGAUAGUAGUCCUUACUUAUUAUUUACUAUUUUAAUUAGCAACUCCUUAAAGUAUGCCUUAAAUAAUAAUAAUAAAAUAAAAUUAAAACACAUCUAUAUAAUAUACACACAUACACUCUACAUACAUAUUUACACUUAUUAGCAUGCUUAUUAUCAUUAUUAUUAUUAUAAUUUUUAUUACAUUUUAUGUAUGUAUAUUAUUGUUUUUAAAAUAAUAAUAAAAAAAAGAAAUGUUUUAAUUAUUUUAUAUAAAUAAAUAAAAUAUAUAUUAAAUAAAGCAUAAACACA